UGUAAAGCAAAUUAUACAAACAAAGAGUGCUCCAGACUUUUUAUUUGUGAGCCAAUGUGACCACGUCCCCAUUUCCCGACAGUUCCCCUUCCUGCAGGGUUUCAACACUGACAUCUUUUCUUGUGGGCUCUCCAAAAGCAGAAGACCACCGACCCCCCCACCCUUUUAUGUGGCCAUCUCACCACCAACAACACUCAAUCACGGAUCCGCAGACGCAGUCCUCCAUCUGACCGGGGCUGAAGUAACAGGCUGCUGCUUUGGACAAACCAGGAGAAACUUUGUUCCCUGGCUUGUGCACGGUGAACUGUGACCGCAGUGCUGCUGUGUGAGGUGUUUUUUAAAUUUUUUGUGUGUGUGUGCGCCGCCUCUCACUUUAUUUCUACGUGGGUGAGCAGUGUGUACUUGUGUUUGUGGCACCUCCCCGCUCCUCCAUAGAUCUGGUUGCCCCCUUGUACCUUUCAGGCUGCACCAUGCAUUUCUCCUGCACCUCCUGGCUGCUAUAGUUAGAGCAGGAUCCCGAGGUUCCCCCCCUUCCACCCACCUCCCCCAAAGCCGACUCUCCCUCUUGCCUUGGUUUGGACUCCGGACCGCGCGUCAUGCCGCGACACCUGAAGCGCACCCCGGUCCCGUUGCAGGACCGCAUGGUUCCUUUGUAACUGGAUCUACUUUUUUUUUUUUUGGAGGGAGAGGAGGGCAUGCUCUCCUCGUCUCUGGAGAACACUUGCAAAGAGGAGAAGAAAGUAGGAAGACGAGGGUGAGCAGCAGUUGCAGACGUAGGGAGAGAUCAUCUUAGAGAGUGUAACUUACUUGUAGAUGUUUGAUCAGGCCACGACUAUGGGCGAUGGGAACCACCGCUGUGGACCCAAUCCGCUGUGUCCGGACCGGAUGGAGACAAAGUGCCGCGCCGAGAUAGGGAGCCGGUCCCCGGUUCAGAGCUCCACCGACACUCCGGGGACAUCAGCCUCUACCCCGACGUCCUCCAGCGAAGACGGACACGACAAACUUUUGGGAGUGGACCCUGACUACUGUCGGAGGAUAUUAGUAAGGGACGCCAAAGGCACCAUCCGGGAGAUCGUCCUGCCGAAAGGCCUCGACCUGGACCGGCCCAAGCGCACGCGGACCUCCUUCACGGCCGAACAGCUGUAUCGGCUCGAGCUCGAGUUCCAGCGGUGCCAGUACGUCGUGGGCCGCGAGCGCACCGAGCUCGCGAGGCAGCUGAAUCUGUCCGAGACUCAGGUCAAAGUUUGGUUCCAAAACCGCCGCACCAAACAGAAGAAGGACACCACCAAGGAUUCAGACAAACGCUCCUCCUCCACGAACGAGUCAUUGGCCACCUGCAACAUCCUGCGCCUCCUGGAGCAGGGCCGCCUCCUAUCGGGCCCUGCCCCGCCACCUAACUCCCUCCUGGGGCCUCCGCAUCCGGGACACAACGGCUCCCUGCUGAGCAGCCCUGGCGGAGGCUCCUCCACUUCUCCGAGCAUCAGCAGCAGCACCCCUCCCAGCUCCCUACCAGGGGGGACUUUUGGGCUGUCGCUGCCCUCGCUGGGCGGCACCCCACCCUCACCGCGGCUGGGCGUCCCACCUCCGCACUCCCUCUGCUUCUCCAUGCCGCUGCUGGGGGGCGCUCAUCACGAACUCACAUCCGCCUACGGCUGCGGGUCUUCAGCUUUUGAGCCGUACAUGCGGCUGGACAGGAAAGAGGCAGAUCUGGGAGGGAAGAAGACAGUUUCUUAAGUAAUGUGUCCCACUUUUAGGACACCAGGGGGACAAGGACUUUUCAUCCCAGUCGCUCAACCGUCCGCCUGUUUAACACUUGAGCGUACAGGGCAAAGAAAGCACCCUGGAUCAUAAGAAAUGUGAAAAAGAAGAGAAAAGGUUGCUUUCCUUGCGACGCCAUUUUGUGCCACAGCACUGUUGGGCACCCUGACACAAAAUGGUGAAAAGGACGUGAUGUGAAGGAGACUCUCCCACAUAAAAAAAGAAAAAAAAAACUUGUGAAUUUUUGCAAAAAUGCCGUGUGUGUAUGUUGUGUGAACCCUGACAGACAGAUGUUUUUAUCACCACUCUCUUCGCAGUGGUUUCAAGUGACUCUUCACUUUUUUGUCCAGUGAGUUUGUGUGUGUGGUUUUCUCUCUAUACAGGCCUUCAUUUACUGUUCAGGAAAAAACAACAACAAAAAAAACAAAAAACGUGACAUGGAUAGUUCAGACUGAAUCAGUGUCUGAAGGGAGAAAGAGUGGUAUUUCAAAGAGAGCAGUUUGUACACAUUUCGGUACAUAUUCCCGUACAAGUGGCCAUGUUUGAUUUUAGUUAAUGUGCUAUCACAAUAUGGAAGAAACACCGAAAAAAAAAAAAAAGAAUCGUAGCAUUUUAAUAUCAGUCUGUUUGGUGUCCAGCAGUAGUUUUUGUAAAUUCUUUAUUUGGUUGUGUUUGUGUAUGAAAUAAUAUGUGGUAGGAUCUGGACAAAUGGUGCAAAAAUCACAUAUCUAGAUCUGAUAGUUUAAUAUAAAAGAACAUGAGAAGAGAGGAGAACACAUGUGUGAGAAAGCUGGUUUAGACUCUGCCCAAGCAUUUGAGGAUUAAGCUUUGGACGUGCCACACUUGUGUCCUCCAAUCACUGAAGCAAGUCAAGGUCAAGCAGAGAAAAUGACCUUUGAACUCAGAUUAACUUUACAAUCUUUACUUCACAGAUGUCACACAUUCCCUUUUGAGUAAAUUUCUAAGAGACAGUUGAAGAAGAG